AUGGCAGCCGCUGUCCAAACCCCCAUUGCACCUCCUACAUUCAGUGGUACUGUGAAGGAGUAUCUGCCAGAAGGCCUUGCACAGAAUGGUGGCCGCAUCUCAACGGAUAAGAUAGGUUUCCUUCGGCCAACUUCGGCUUCGCUGCCAGUCGAUGAGAUGAGAGAGCGGUUGAAGGCCGAUGGAUACCUUUUCGUCAAGGGGGUUAUUCCACGAGAAGAUGUUUUGGAUGCCAGGGAACACUACUUCAAGCAAUACUCUAAUACUUCUCUUUUGGACCCUGGCUCCUCUCCUCGGGACGGCAUAUUCAAUUCAUCAUCCCACCCAGACGCACACAAAGGCAUCGGCGGUCAAGGUCUACCCACCGACCCAAUCGAGCAAAAGAUUCUCAUCGACGCCCACAAAGAACCAGAAUACCGCGCCUUCGUCGAACAUCCCGCUCUAACAAACUUCAUCCGUAAUCUAAUGGGAUGGAAGGAACACCGUAUCCUUGAUCGGACCAUGCUGCGCCAUAAUGUGCCGCUCGGCAAGGGCACAGGAAUCCAUUAUGAUAAGUUAUUCUUGAGAGGUGGGGAAGGAUUCUUCUUGACUGCCUGGGUGCCAAUCGGCGACAUCUCGAUUGACGGAGGUGGUCUCUGUUACUUGGAGAACUCCCUACCUCUUGGGCGUGCAAUCGAGGAGGAUUACACCAAGCGCGCUGCAGACUUUACACCCGAGCAGCGUAUUUCUGCGUUUAACGUGAACAUGCUGGAUGGCGGGAUGAUCUCCAACUCCCCGCAGGAAUUCCAGGCUAUGCAUUCGGCGCAUGGUGAGCAUAAAUGGCUCGUUACUAAUUAUGAAGCGGGGGAUGUUGUCUUCCAUGACCCUUAUAGCAUUCAUGCUAGUGGGCGCAAUGAGGACACCGAAGGUCGUAUUCGGUUGAGUACUGAUUUGAGGUUUUAUGAGAAGGAUAGUGCUGGGAUUGAUACUCGUUGGUAUAAGAUUUGGUGUCCGGGUGAUGGGCUGUGA